CGGCGCACAGCAUACUGUCACUUUAACGUUGUGAGAACUACAGCCACGAUGGGAGUUUUGAUACUCAAUCCAGACAAGUUUUCAGAGCUCUCAACACCGAAAACUUAUCUCUAAAGGACGAAAGCAGUCGGUGUGGCGCGCUCACGACUCGAUCUCGCAUGAUUUACGUGCAGGAUGUCAGUGUUGCUGAAAAGCCGGUAAGAUAGUGCAAAGUGAGUUUGCUUAUGAGAGCUGCCUAUUCAGCAUCACACAAAGGGAUCUACUGAGUUCAAUGGUCUACUGGCAUUGGGUUUGAAUGUCAUAAAGAAACAACUUCUACUCUUCAAGGAAAUGGAUCACUUCGCAGCAGAGUGCCUUGUGUCAAUGUCCAGCCAAGCAAUUGUCCACGGUCCAAAAGGGAAUAGAGAGAUCAAGCCCGAAACUGCGGCUGCACAGAGGAAUGGAGAAGAAAACAAGGAGCCUUUGAAGGACAACUCAUCUCUUUUUGUGGUGGCGAGAAUUCUGGCGGAUUUUAAUCAACAGACCCCCACCAAUUUUGCCGAGCAGGCAAAAAUAAAGGAGGAGAGCGCGCCACCAACAGCAACCCUAACCAGAGAUGAUGGGAACUCUGCCACACCUACCACCAUCAUCGGCGACUCUGCUCUUAAACAAAGAAGCAAACGAUUCAGGGGUCGAAUUGAACAAGAACCCCCACAGAAAAAGCACAAAUGCCACUAUUCAGGUUGUGAAAAAGUUUAUGGCAAAUCGUCCCAUCUCAAAGCCCACCUAAGGACACAUACAGGAGAGCGCCCCUUUCCCUGCACCUGGCCUGACUGCAGUAAGAAGUUUGCUCGCUCUGAUGAGCUGGCACGGCACUAUCGCACCCACACGGGCGAGAAGAAGUUCGGCUGCCCCCUGUGCGACAAACGUUUCAUGCGGAGCGAUCACCUGAUGAAACAUGCACGCCGUCAUUCCGAUUUCCAGCCGGCCAUGCUGAAGAGGCAGCACGGCGGUGGCAAUGCCACCAUUUCGAGCAGCACACGUCCCGGCUCCCUCAGCGAUUACAGUCGAUCCGACGCCUCAAGCCCCACCCUCAGCCCAGCCAACUCGCCUUAACCUGGCCGCACUUUCUUCCCACAGCGCUCAUUUUUUAAUACUUCUCUAUCCAUCAUUUUCCCCUAAAAAAUUACCGGGGUGAUAAGCGCCCAUGCUAAACCCGUCGCUUGCUGUGGUGUACUGUACUGUACAUAACUGCUUCUUGUAGUGCAAUUUUCUUGUGCAACCCCUAAAAGAGAAAAGAAAAAAAACACAAAAAAGAAAAUGGCUUUUCCACAUGGCAAUAUUUACAUGAUGUACCAUAUGUCUGUAUUUUUAUAGCUUCUGGCCACAGCCUCUUUCCAUUAUGGGUUUUUUGUUGCUGUUUCUUUCAUAUACAACCGCUCUGUUCAAGUGAACUAAAAAGUUGAAAGGUUUGACAGGUAAAGAUUUUUUUUUAAACGGGUGAGGGAGAGGGGCACACAUACACCUCAGGAUCCAGAACAGUUUUUUUUCUCCUUUAAUACUCACAUUGACUGCACAAUACAAGCAUCACUUUACUCCGAAAUUCAACAGAGGUUGAAUUUUGCGCCCUGCUCAGGGAUGGCCUCGUUAGCUUGAAAGAAUGAACAUGAUGAAGAUAAACAUACAUUAAGGAACAGCCUUACACUUGGACAAAAGGAAACUUUGCACUCUUUUUUUGGAGUUGGUUUGGUUUGUUUUCACAUCAAGGGAAGCAAAUUCUGGGUUUUAACAGUUAUUCAUACUUUUUAUUAAUAUUAUUAUUGUUUUUUUUUAAAUCACUCUUUUAACGAGAGUGGCAGAACCGCUCGCCAGAUACAAAGGGUUGGGUGGGUAAUUCUGUCUUGAGACUGGAAAUGACUUUUUAACAUCGCUAUCUCCCACUAACCCUGUGGGCACACAGAGCUCUGUUGGUCCAUGUUUCAAAGGGAAUCCUCUCAAUAUAGCUUGAAUGUCAUUAUCAGUCCACUUUUACAUGCUUGAGCCACCCAAUGAAGAGAACAGACAGCACCACUUCUCUCGGUGGACUAAACUAAACUCCCCUUGACAAUUUGGAGGCUAAAGUUUCAAAGCAGCUGUUUCCUCAAUAAAAACUGCACAUUCAUCAUUCAACUUCAGGGUUUUUCACUACAGUAUGACACAUUCAAAGGGACUUGUCUGGAUGUACGCCUACUUCAGACUCAAAUAAAGACAAAUAAAGCACAUGAGCAGAAUCCACCAAAGACCAAGGUGUGAACGAGAGAACAGAGAGGUUUUUUUUAUUCUACCCAGAGGAAGAAGGGAGCGAGGGAGGGAUGUUGGCAUUCUCUCAGGUAACAGCAGAAGUCCUGGCCCUCUGCCCUCUGCAGAGCUCCAUCUGCAGAGGCCUUCCACUUAGGAAACUGCAUCAUCCUACACAGGGCUAUUCAUAGCACACUAGCCAGGGAAACAAGAGCCAUUACAGUGGAGCUUUACGCACUCUGUCUCACUCACUCUUUCUGACAAGAAGUGGGCGUAUGAGAGAAAUAGAUGGAGGGCCGAAGCAAAAGUUUCAAAGAAAGAGAUAUCAAAUCCACACACUGUGUCAAGACCAAGUGCCAUGUAACAAAUAUUGAAGUGACUAUAUUGUGGCCAUAUUUAAAGCUUAAUAUAUGGCAAUGUGAAGCUGGAAUUUGGACCUGUGAGAUGGCACUAUGGGCAGAGGUACACAGCAAAACAAACACAAUUCAAAACCAUGUGGUUGACAAAAUGUCUUGUCAGUUAUCACUGGUCAUUGCACCUGCUUAAGACAAGUGGUUGACCGAUGUGCAUUUCUCAGUGACCGAUGUAGUACCGAUAUUUACAAAAUAAAAUGUAAUGGCCAAAAAUUGUAAAAAUGUUUACAAUAAUUUUCUUAAUUUUAACAUUACAGUUGAAUAAUUAGUCGGAUAUAUCAGUUGUUGGCCGAUACUUGUUAUCUCAAAAUGGAUAAAUAUUGGCUUGAAUAAUCAGAGUGGACUGCAUUUUCCAAAGGCAUAGUAAGCGUAAUAAUAUCUUAGAGAUCAAUGUUGCUUGUGAUGCUUUUCGGAAACGUAGCCCUAAACAAAUACCUGUAGGUAAGAUACUGUUAUCGGCCAAUACGAUAAUCACAAAAUACCAAUUAAUCACCCAAGCUGAUAUGUUGCUCUGUCAAACAGUUUUAUCGGCUGAUAUGUUUUUUUGUUGUUGUUGUUUUAAAUGGCCAGAUAUCUGCAGAUUAACCGGCACUGCUGAUAUAUAUCGGUCGAUCACUAAUGGGGCAUGGAUUUACAACUCAUUGUGAACUAGAUUGUCAGAGUUUGUAUCAUCAUGGUUGUUUCACUUUGUGGUGAGAGCAACAGGCCUCCAUGAGAACAAAGAGCACUAUCUACAGGAGGCAGGAAAGAGGGGGUUGGCCCAUAGCGAGACAGAUAAAGACCGAGGCUUUAUCAGGAGCUGAGCACUCCAGUAGAAGAAACACCCAGUCAGCUUCCUCUCUCUCACACGGAAACUUACCUCCCUCCCCUCUGCACUACUCCCCACUCACCCGCCAACAGCAUCCCACAAUGCACUGCAGGAGCUUAAAGAGGGAAAAUAGCCUCGUCUGAUUGGAUAGCAUCUAAGCAGCUGGCCGGGGUGGGGGGGGUUAGUUAAAGCCCAAAUCAUAAUGGCUCACAGACAAUAGGCAUGAUAUGCGAUCAAAUCAGAGUUGAACAUGUUGGGAAAUUUCAAAUGAGAUGUUAUCAGUAUUUUUUCCCCCAGUUUGGCACUGUCGUCUACUUCUCAGACAAGAUCAGUCACUCUUUCUUUAAAUGACUGCACUUUUUCCACAAGCACAGGGAAACGCUCGCGCAUCCUUUUUUUGUUUUACUGUUGCAGACCACUGAUUUGUCAGUGCGACCACUCAUUACCUCACUGAACAGCUGCUUUCAAACUUGACUCUCCUUAAAAAGGGGGCUUUAGGCAGUACUACUCGAUUUGUACAUACAUAAUCAUACAUAUCAAAUGAACAAUGAAUUUGCCGUCCUUUGUCGCUUCAGCCUGCGAGGAUGAAGGGUUACCAUGAGAAACUGUCGACUGGGCCUUACUCGCUCAGGCGAAAGGCAUACAACACCCUCCAGGAACCGAGGCACCGCUAUCAAAACUACUGUGGCACUGCUUCAUCCGCUGUCUCACUUUCCCAUAAGCGCAAUGUUCCUAAAGUGACACUUUAAUAUUAAUUUAGCAAGCUUUCUGUGACAGUUUUUCACUUUAUAUUCAUAAGCUCAUUAUUCAACACCAGCCAUCUUGUCUCGUCUCAUAUUCUCUUGCACAUUUUCCUUGCCCACCCUCCAUGCCCAAUGCGGGGAAACCAGCAUCAGAGUCGCCCAGCUGGACGAGCGCUCCAGGGCUUGAGGAGCAGGUGGGGAGGCCUGUGAAUGCCAGGCCUUGUCCCCCUUUUAUCCUUCCUAAAAGCCCCCAUCCCCCUCCCAGGGGCCUCUCUCAUAGCCCUCAAAAAACCCUCCACAUAAUCACGGCUUUCAGCUAAAGAAAACACCCCUAAUCAAAAUAAACAGUGCCACGGCGGCAUUAUUUCUUAUUAUUGCAAUAAACCCACACGUAAAGCCGUCUAGCUGUGGUCGCACCCUCCCCUGGCCCUUCAAAGUCAUUUCAGAUUUCUCCUCCUGAAUUCCACAAGUCAGCUUUACUUCCAAAGCAAGCUGGCCAUGUAUGUUCACUGUGUGCAAGAAACUCCUUUGUAGACAUUUUAUAUACUAAGUUUCUUUUCAACAAGCCUUUGAUGUAUCUGCAAAUACUCCCAGCUGCUGGUCAGGAGAGGGUAUUUCAGGGCAGAAUAAGGUCAGUCUGAACUCAUUAGUACUUCUCAAACCUGGUAAAAACAUGUUCAAUGAACCUUGAAAACCCGAAACCUGUCAUUUGGGUACUGGUUAGAUAGAGUAUACACAACUAAAUAUAUAUUUUUUCCUUAUGAUAUUUACUGAAAAUGUAUUUUCUCAAUGCAAAGUCACUCACAGCCCGGGUUAGUGUGAAUUACAUGUAAAAAUGAAUACAUGCGUGCUUGUCUUUCUGUAUUUUGUCACUGUACCGAUACUACUUGAAUGCGAAGCAAGACCAUUGAACACAGGUGGAAACAUGUCUAGGUCAUGACACGUCAAACUGUACCUGCUACUUUUCUCGGCUUAAAACCCAUGGAUGUACUCAUUUUUCUUUAUUUGUUUAAUAUUUCUGGAUUGUGUUGUAUUUUUUUCUGAUUAUUUUCUUGUUCAAAUCCUAGCUGUUAUUAUUAUAAUUGGUAUUUUUUGCGAAGUUUGUUAGUGUUUCAUAAGGCUUUCUUUUCUGUCUGCUGCAACUAUGCUAGUAAAAUUGGACACUGAAAGACACUGAAAGAAAGCUUUUUAGCAACAGCAGAAUAUUGGUGUAUAACCACCAAAUUUGAAAACAUGGAGGUAAAAGGUGGUUUUAAGUGAGAAAAAGGGAAAUAUCCUGACUUCUCAAAAGCAUUGCAUGAGACUGGAUGCAUACACACGAUCAAGUUUGAUAAAAUGCAUUACCAUAGAGACCACAGCAUUGUGAGUAGAUAGUCAUAUUAAUUUUUUAUUGUUUUGUUAUUUAAUCUAUGUUUUAAAAUUUUCUGUCAUGUAUCUUUUCAAACUCAUACCUCUAUAAAAAUCGAGAAGGUUAUGAUUUUUUUUAUUUUUUAUUUUUUUGAUGGGAUGGGGGAUUUGUUGGAUUUCAUAUCUGGAAGAAUUGUACAUUUAAAUACAAUAUUUUUUAUGAAUUAUCAUGGUCUUACAAGCCACAGAGCAUCAUAUUGAAAGCGAAUCAUCUUUCGUGAAAUUCAUUCUGCCAGUGGAUUGCAUAAACCCACAUACCCGACUCAACGAGAAACGAUUCGUUUUGUACAAAGCCAUUUCUUCACAAAAUCCUCCUAAUGAUUUUAAUAGCAUUUUAUUGAAUCCUUCAAUACUAAAUUCAACAAACUGCUUGUUAGUUCAAUAAUGAGUGCCAAAGGCAUUGGCAAGGUGAUUUUAAUUCAUCAUAUACAGUGAUAGUCAAGAUAAAUAUGACCUGUACAGUUUUUUAUGAGUGAUGUACGUUUUUAUGUGUAUGUAGCGGGGUGAAUGAUGUAUUAGAUGUGCAAGUAUUUCUAAUUUCCCCCCUUUGGCGUGAUCUUGAAUAUACUUUUUUUUUCUUUUAGUUAUGUUUUUCUUAAUUUGUCAUUGUUGUACAGAACAAAUGCACAUAUUAGUAAAAGUGAAAACUCAGAUAUUAACCUGUUCACCAUUCUACGUGAAAGCUCUACCAUUCCAAAGGUUUGCAAUUACAUUUGCUAUAAUUAUGCUGCUUAUAUCCAACCAAUGCAUCAAAGCUUCUUUUCUUUAUGUAUUUAUUUUGCUCUUAUUACUCUUUUUGACUGUGUAUUACAUGACUUUUGUUACUAGUUCAGUUUGGUACUUAACUUUUUUCCCUCUUUGCUGUUCUUCCGACAUUUAUUUGUCACCUGUAAACUCCUACAUACUCUACUUACCUAAAGAAACAGCCAUGCCAUGUUCUGAUACAUUAAGCAGAACCCUUGACCCUCUUUUAGAAUAGAGAACAGACAAGAUGGCUUCCAUACAAAUGUGCAGUUAUGAGUUCCAAUAUUGUCUUCCCAUGCAAAAUAAGGUCAGUUUGAAUAACUGAUGGAGGAUGAUGUUUUAGUAGGAUGCUACUGCCAAGGACGCUGUAGUGCCACGACUUUCUCACUUUUGGCAUUGGGUGACGGCAUUAGAAGAAUUGAGUUUUUGUUUUAAAGAUGUUACCAAAGGCUUCAGGAUUGAAUUAUUGAAUGUUCAUGUCGCAUAGUUGGAAUUCAGUCAUUUGAUGGCUUCAGAAAAGUUAUUUAUUGAAGCGAAAGAACUGAAGGACAUUUUAAAAAUAUAUAUUGCACCCUAAACUCAUUUAGUUAUUAUUUUUUGGUGGAAACAAUCAAAGAAGGCUGACAUUUUUCAACAUGGACAUGCAUAAUUGACAACGUUUGGCCUUCAUUCACAUUCAGAAGUCCAAGAAAUGCAUAUCUGUGAAUAUGUCCACAUACAAAACAACUGUACAGCAUUGCCUUUAUAGUCCCACCAGUUACAGGUGGACGUUUUGGUGUGAAGAUCACUUACUGGUGAAAUUUACACUGUGUUUUUGCAGUUAGAUGUUUCUCCAAAGAACCUAUGGAUGUGUAAAUGCCAUACAGUGAUUGUCUAUCCAGGUUAGCAAAGCUAAAUGCAUUGGGAGUCACUAGACAGUGAGCACAACUUCAGAAAUGGUUAUUUACGAUGUUUUGUGCUAACAAACAUCAUUUAGUUGAGGUGUGCGUACGGUAGCCUCUUAUUUGAAAUGGUGGAAGUGGAUUUAAGUCUUAGCAGUGGCUUAGUUUCGACUGUUGUUUAUGUUUCGUCUCUUGCUGAACUCAGGAGACACUAACUGCUUUUGAGGGCUGUGGUCAUUUUUGUUAGUCUGGUCUUCUGCCAUACCAUGCAGUUGGGUUUGAACCACCUCACUCCUGUAAAAAGCGCAGGGCACCCAUUUGUCUCUGAUCCCCAGGUGUGGUGACCUAGUAACUCCCCUCAUUUGGGGAGAAUCACGUAGACGACCCCCUACUGAGCGACGAAAUUCAUUUCAAUUUAAUACGCCGACAUUUCCCAUAAGAUAAAACCCCAUAAACGUGCUCUGAAGAUCAGACACUUUAAAAGACUGAAUGCAUCCUCGUCCAUUGCAGCUUCCAUGCAACUUUUCUCUCUGACGCCUGUGAAAUCAGUUCAGGUGGUCGACGUUCUUGACAUGGGAACAAAGUGAUUUCAAAACCCUCCCUCUUCAUACAUACCAGUCAAGCACAUCGUGUGCAAACGUUCUCCUAUCGUAGAGAUUUCGAUAAGUGUUGUAUAUUGAAUUGUAGUGAGGCACUAGCGGCCUCAUGCUGUCCUGUAGACAUUCGCCGAUUGAACUCGACUUGCCUUCCUAUUGUACGUUUUCGUCUGUAUUUUAACGACACCGUGUGAUGCCUGCUCCAGUGACUACAUGACGCUGGGUUUCUAUUUCCCAGCACCUCUGUACUUUGUACAUUAGCUCUUCUCUAGCAAUGGCCAGUUCUAUUCUCCAUAACCUCAUUCAAAACAACUGCCGCAUAAUGAAACUGUUUUUUAUUUAGAUUUUUAUUUGCAAUCAACCAAAUCACUACAGUGAAGUAUUACAGUUGUACAGUUCCUUGAAUUAUUCAGAUUAUAUUAUUGUUGCUGGUCUAUGGUUGCUCUGCUGUACCUUUUUAUGACCUUUUAUUUUUUACAUGUUAGACAAUAUUGUGACUAUGUCCUAUGCAAAUAUGAGAAUUAACAAGAAUUUGUCAAAUAAUGUAUGUUGUCUUAACUUGUAUGCAUGAAAUAGUGAAGUUUACAUUUGAGAAUAAAUUCAUAAUUAAGAA